AGACAGAAAAUAAGCCACAAAAGGUAACAGAAGACCAGAACCUUAGCCUUACUCAAACUAACUUGGAACUGGGGGUUUUGCACUGUUUGCUUUUAGCAGGAAUGUCAAACUCAGUUCCUGGAGGGCCACAGUCCUGCAUAGUGUGGUUCCAUCCCUGCUCCAACACCUUACCUGUAGGUACCUGUAGAUUUCAAACAAGGCCAAAGGACUUAAUUAGUCUGAUCAGGUGUGUUUAAUUAGGGUUGAAACAAAAUUUUUGCAGAGCAGAAACUGAGUUUGACCCCUGUGACUUAUAGGAAACAAGUAAUAGGAACUAGCCGUUAUGGCAGUCUUAGAAGAACAAAACUUUCCUGCUGGCAUUUAAUAACUUUCCUGCUGCCAAUAAGAAGUGAUGUAAGCCAGUCAACAGUAACAUUUAAGCAAAGCAUUCAAAAGCAACUGGACCAACAAGAUGAACUUACUCAAUGUUGUAACACUUUAAAAGACUGUGCCAGUGUUUGGUUUUUGCAAGUGAUCAACCAAUCACUUACAUUACUGGCAGUUCCUAUUGAUCUGGGUACUUUAAAGUAUGAGCUAAUUUAGUUGUUUUAAGAGCAAUUCACACAAAGUGCAUUUUUCCAUUCCAAUAUCAUACUUUUCCAUUUAUUUUCUAUGUGAACACACACUUAAAAGAAGUGGAUCAUAGUUACGCUUGUGUUUUGCAACCUUUUUAGAGGCUUGGACAUAAGUCGUUGUGCCAAGUUAAAAGAUAAGGUGUAAUCGACUUGAACCAUGGCUGCAGCCAGUGAUCAACGAGAUCCAAUUGUGUAAUAUCGGAGUUGUCACCUCAGCAGGCCAAGACCUCGAGGCUUCCGAUAUGGCGCCAGCACCUGUUCCUUUAAGGUGCUCGUGUUAGAACUGGAGAAGUCAAGAGGAAUUCACUGCUUUGCUGAACUCUUCCUUAUCCCCUUUACAAACUGCUUUGGAUGGCAUACCGCCACUAUUUCGGAGAUGGAGACGGCGCUUACGGAUCAAAGCGGCAGGAUUACCAAGUUGGAGAACAAAGUUUCUUCGUUAAAAGCCGAAUUAACUGCGGCGUCGGAUUUAAAUGCUACGUUGGGGCCUGCAGUUGAUGAUUUGAUCUCUCGAUCGAAGCGACAGAAUCUACAAGUGGUUGGCUUUCCAGAGGGGAUUGAAGUUAAAAAUCCAAGAGAAUUCAUGAUGGAGAUUUUCUUUAACACCAUGAAAAACAUCCUGUCAACCCCGCCUCAAAUUGAUUGCGCUAAUCUUUUGCUUUUUUCUUUUGUUCUGUUAGUUCCAGGGUUGUUAUUUGUUUGGAGGAGAACAUUUAGGCACAUAAUUGUACUUUGUUUUUUGUCUCUUUUCUUUUUUUUUACUGAGGUCUUUUUGCCUGAUUGAUUAAUCAUUUUUGCACCAUAGGAAUGGCUGUUUUUAACACAGGACUAAGUGGCAGAGGUUCUUUGGUUUAUUUUAUUAGCUGGAAUGUUCAAGGUUUAGGAGUACUAAUCAAACGUUCGAGAGUGUUUUCUCAUCUUAAAAAUUUUAAUUUUGAUAUAAAUUUUUUUACGAGAAACACAUCUGUGUGUUAAGGAACACAUCAGAAUAAGAAAACCAUGGAUAGGUCAUGCGUUUCACUCUAACUUUAACCGUAGAGCCAGGGGUACAGCUACUUUUUUGCAUAAUUGUGUUAAUUUUUCUCCAUCACAGAUAAUUUCCGACCCCGAGGGUCAUUUUGUUAUUGUUGUUGGUAGUCUCUUUUAUAUGUCAGUGGUGUUGGUAAACAUUUAUGCUCCAAACUGGGAUAAUCCGGCUUUUUUCACUUCUCUUUUUUCAUCUAUCCCGAACUUGAAUUCCCAUUACCUUAUACCGGGAGGCGAUUUCAAUUGUGUUAUGGACACAAGGCUUGAAUGGUCAAAUCCUAAAACUUUAGAGCAAACUGCGAUGGCUAAGGCAGUGUCUUCUUUCAUAGAUCAGGUUGGAUGUGUUGACCCAUGGCGCUUUCUCAACUCAUCAAGAAAAGAUUUUUCCUUUUUUUCCAGUGAUAAAGCUCUCUUACCUUUAGUUAGUACUUCUGAAUAUUCUGCUGUUGUCAUCUCUGAUCAUACUCCACAUUCACUUAACCUAAAUAUCUUAUUGUAGAGGCCGAGCCAAUCAGUGGAGGUUUGAUUCAGGAUUAUUAUCAGACAAACAAUUUUCUGAGCAUAUAAGUAAUAAUUGUAACAGACUUAAGUAAAGGUGUUAUCUUGCAUUUCUUCAUGUUUAAAGAUCAUUUAAUUUCUAUUAUUUGUGGGGGACUUUUAUUUUGAAAGGAAAUCCGUUUUUUCAGAGCAGAAAAUAAAUGAGAGAGCAAAAGGUAAAGCGGACGUUUCAUAACAGUUUAACUAGAGCUCGUACUGAAAAGGACUGUUUACAAGUUUAAUCAGCAACCCCCCGAAAAGGCAUAAGCUCUUACGGUGAUUUCAAGAGUAAAGGAACUUAAAUAAAGCAACUUGAAACAUCAGUAAAGUUUUGGCCAUCAUUCGGAUGGGGUCUGCUACAGUAAGAGCUUCACCUUCGCUGAUUAAGAUCCUCGCGGCAGGCGCAGGCGGACGGAUAUAACGCGACGACGGAAAGGGCAUUGCAGUGAGUUAUAAUCAGCAUAGAGCGUGAUGGUCUACGGAGCUGAGAUGUAAAAGGGUACGAGUUCAAUAUGGAAAUGGAUGAAGAUGACCAAGAAUCUGAGAGGCCGCUCCAAAUGGAAAAUGAAGGUAAUAUGGAAACAGAUAUAAAAGGAGCAAUUGAACAAAAAGACAAAAAUACAUCAGAAGAACAGUGUCAUGUACAAGAGAGCACAGAACUCCCUCGACGUUCAGAACGUCCUCAUAUACCAACAGAGAAAAUGCUUGCUUAUCAAAAAGAGGAAUGUAGAAAGAAAGAAAAAAAAUUAACUACAUUGUAUGAACAAUGGAAGUUAGAUGCUCGUAAAGCAAGGCAGGAUUUAAAAGCUGACAUAUCUGACAAGCAGCUUGCAGAUAUCGCUGAUUCACUUGAGGAUAAAAGGAAUGGUAUCAUGAAAAUCUUCAUCGAUAUAAGGGAAUUUAUUACUCCUGCUGCUGACUUAAGACGUAAAAUUGAUGCAUGUGAUGCUGUAACCAAUGACAUUGUCAAAAUAGUGUUAGAAAAAAUAUCAAAUGUAGAUGAGUAUGAUGCAGAAAGAGAAAGGGGGCGUCUAAGUGAACUUUUAGCACACAGUUACGCUCGCUCUAUAUUUGGUUCCAGUGCUUCACUAAUGAGUGUCAACAGCCAUUCUGGAUCCUCUCGUACAGCAAGAAAACGAGCAGACGCUGCAGCAGAGCUGGCUGCAAAGGAGGCUGAAUACAAGAUGAUGCAAGCAGAAAGGCAACAAAAGGAAAAAUUAAGAAAUAUAGAAGAGCAAUUCAAAAAAGAUUUAGAAACUCAAAGGUUUGAACUGGAAUGUUUGCAAGUAGAAAAGGAUAUAGAGGUUGCUCGUGCCAGAGUAAAAUCCUAUGAUGAAGAAAUAAAGGAGGAAACAAGAAAUCAGUCAAUAAAAAGUGAAAAGCAGGGGCCGAGAAAUGAAAGGCAGCUUCAGGAAUCUUAUGUUCUUCAGUCAGCAUCGCUCAGUGAAGUGUCUCACCUUGCUCAAGCAGUUCAGGACAGCAUAGCCAUAAACAGGUUACCCCUACCUGAGCCUACAGUGUUCAACGGAGACCCAAUACAGUUUGUGGAAUGGAAGUCAUCAUUUAUGUCAUUAAUAGGUAAAAAGGGCAUUUCAGCAGCUGACAAGCUUUAUUAUUUGAAAAAGUAUGUGAGUGGCUCAGCGCAUAGGUAUCUUGAGGGCACCUUUUAUCGAAAUGAUGAAGAAGCGUACAAAGACGCUUGGGACAAGCUUAAUAAAAGGUACGGCCAGCCCUUUGUUAUACAAAGAGCGUUUAGAGAAAAGCUGUCUAAGUGGCCUAAAAUACAGUCCAAAGACGCAGAAGGUUUGAGAACAUUUUCAGACUUUUUAAAUGCAUGUUUGCAAGCCAUACCACAUAUAAAAGGUCUGGAAAUAUUAAAUGACUGUGAAGAAAACCAGAAGCUGGUGCAAAAACUACCUGACUGGAUAGCUUCCAGAUCGAACCGUCAGGUCACAAAAACCCUCAUGGAUGACAAAGAGUUUCCAAGUUUCCAUGACUUUGUCAAUUUCAUGACAACAGAAGCAGAAAUUAUGUGUAAUCCCAUCACUUCUUUACAUGCUCUUCAUUCAUGUGAGUCACCAUAUGAGAGAAGAAUGUCAAAGGAAACUAAAAGAAGUAAAGCAAUUGUUUUUAAGACACAAACAAGUGUAAACAAUGACACACAAUCAACAGUCAAAGGAAAGUUUACAAUGACUAAAACACAGUGUAUGUUGUGUCAGGAUGACAGUCAUCAACUUCAUAAGUGUCUGAAAUUCAUGGAGAAGUCUCUGAAAGACAGAAGAGCCUAUGUGAAAGAUAACAAACUCUGCUACGGGUGUUUAAAAUCGUCCCACCAUGCUAAGGAGUGUCGUCGUCGACACACAUGUGAUGUAUGCAAGUUACGACAUCCCACAUGUCUUCACGAUUACAAUUAUGACAAGGACGGAAUCAGAGAAUGACCAUUGCCCAUGGUAAGCAAUGUGCAUGCAACUGAAAGUGAAACUACUAAUGCCAUGUCACUUAAUAUCACAAGAGAAAGUCAGUCAGUCAUUACAUCGAUGAUCGUACCAGUAUGGGUGUCUUCAGUUAAAAAUCCAUCCAACGAACAGCUUGUGUAUGCAUUGCUAGAUACACAGAGUGACACUACAUUUAUUGAUAAAGACAUUAGUAAUACACUGCAAGUAGAGAGUCACCCAGUGAAACUCAAACUAACCACCAUGAUGGGAGACAAUGAGAUUAUUAGAAGCAAUCGAGUAACGGAUCUUCAAGUGAGAGGGUACAGUUCCUCAGUACAUAUCAGUCUUCCUCCUGUAUACACAAAGGAGUGUAUUCCAGCUAAUUAUGAUCACAUACCAACACAGAAAACGGCAAUGAACUGGAGUCACUUGAAAGGAAUUGCUGACGAAAUGGCACCUCUACUCAAUUGUGAAGUAGGCUUACUACUUGGCUAUAACUGCCCUAGAGAACUAGCUCCAAGACAAGUCAUACUAGGUAAAAAUGAGGAACCAUAUGCCAUUUUAACAGAUUUAGGGUGGAGUAUUGUGGGCUGCUCCAUACCAAGUAUCAAUGAAUCAACAAGGUUCAGUCUUUGUCAAAGGAUAGCUACAAAGGAGAUACCAGCUAUGACACCUGGGGAUGCAGUCCGUAUACUUGAAUCAGACUUUAAGGACAUCACAGUAGAUGACAAGACAGUCUCUCAAGAGGACAUCAUGUUCCUAGACAAACUUAAAGUAGGAAUAAAGAAAAAUUAUCUAGGACAUUAUGAAAUGCCUCUUCCAUUUAAGCAACGACCAUCCUUGCCGGACAACAGAGAACUUGCAUCGAUCAGACUCCAACAUCUGAACAAGAAGUUUUCCAAAAAUGAGAAAUACAAAACAGACUACUUCACUUACAUGAAUGACAUUAUUGACAGAGGUGAUGCAGAAGUGGUAAAUGAAGAUGAGGGAACCAGUGGUGAAAAAUGGUACAUACCUCACCAUGGGAUCUACCACCCAAAAAAGCCAGAUAAGCUACGGGUUGUAUUCGAUUGCUCUGCAAAAUUCAAAGGUACAAGUCUCAAUGAACAUUUACUAUCAGGACCAGACAUGAUAAACAACCUCACGGGAGUCCUUGUAAGGUUCAGAAGGCAUCCUAUUGCAGUGAUAUGUGACAUUGAAAAAAUGUUUCACCAAUUUCACGUUCAGGAAAAGGAUCGUGAUUAUCUGCGCUUCUUAUGGUGGAAAGAUGGAGACACAAAUUCAGUUCUUCAAGAUUACAGAAUGAAAGUGCAUCUAUUUGGUGCAGUCUCUUCGCCCGGUUGUGCAAACUAUGGGCUAAGAUAUUUAGCCAAUGAGUACAGCCAAUCACACGCAUUAGGCGCUCAGUUCAUCACAAGGGAUUUUUAUGUUGAUGAUGGAGUUACAAGUGCAGAAACAGUAGAAAAGGCUAUACAGUUGACAAAGGAAGCACGGGAGCUGUGUGCAAAGGGUGGUCUUCGACUUCACAAGUUCGUAUCAAAUGACAACACAGUUUUGCAAAGCAUACCAGAAUCAGAACGUGCUGUAAACUUUGAAACGAAAGAUCUCACCUUCAAUGAAAUGCCACUCGAAAGAGCUCUGGGAAUUCACUGGAACAUACAGAGUGAUGGUUUCAAAUUCCAUGUUCCAUUAAAGGGUCAGCCUACAACACGUCGUGGCAUAUUAUCCACUGUUGCCUCCAUAUUUGAUCCUUUGGGAUUUGUAGCUCCAUUUGUUCUCAAUGGCAAGAGAAUCCUACAGGAAAUGUGUCGCCAAGGAACUGGCUGGGAUGAUACACUUUACCCUGCACUCAAGCCACGGUGGGAGAGAUGGCAAAAUGACCUUGUCAAUCUAGAAAAUGUGAACAUACCACGAUGUUAUGUACCUGCUGAUUUCGGAAAAGUAGUGAAAACAGAAAUGCAUCAUUUCUCAGAUGCGAGUACCUGUGGUUACGGUCAAUGUUCUUAUCUAAGGAUGAUAAAUGAGGAUGAUGAAAUUCAUUGCUCUUUUCUUAUUGGCAAAGCCCGGGUUUCUCCUUUAAAGAUUAUCACAAUACCCAGGUUAGAGCUAACUGCAGCUGUAGUAUCAGUUAGUAUGAGCAAUAUACUCAGUGAAGAGCUUAACCUCAUUGAUGUCGACAAAUUCUUUUGGACUGACUCAAAGGUAGUUUUGGGUUACAUUAAUAACGAUGCCCGUCGUUUCCACACAUUUGUAGCCAAUAGAGUCCAAAAAAUACGUCAAAGUACAACACCCAAUCAAUGGCUGUAUGUCCCAACAUAUGAAAACCCAGCAGACAACGCUUCAAGAGGGAGAAGAAUCAAUGAGCUGCUUUCAUCUAAUUGGUUCUCUGGGCCCUCAUUUUUGUGGGAAAAGGAAAUAACAACCACAAAUGUUGUGCCAGACCUCCCAGUCGGAGAUCCAGAGGUAAAGAAAAUUCAGACAUUACACACAAAGACCAUGGAAAAUAAAGAUUUUGUAGACCGAUUGUCCAAGUUCUCAUCUUGGUCUAAGACUAUCAAAGCUGUUGCACGCCUUCUGAGAUGGAUUAAGAAAGAUAAAACCAAUUCACCAGCAUCCGUAAGUGAACAAGAAGACGCUAAAUGCUUGAUUCUAAAAGGAGUACAAAGGCAAGUGUUGAGUCAAGGAAAAAGACUUCCAAGUCACAGUAAACUUCAUCAUCUGGAUGCCUUUAUAGACAAAGAUGGUAUAAUCAAGGUGGGAGGCAGAUUAGAUCACUCAUCAUAUACUCACGCAUUCAAGCAUCCAUGGAUCCUGCCAAAGGAACACCAUGUUACAAAGUUGAUUAUUGCACACUGCCAUGAAUGUGUAAAGCAUCAAGGCAAGGGUUUCACAAUCAAUAAUAUCAGAUCAUGCGGCUAUUGGAUACCUGGAAUAAGCAGAGUGGUCACAUCUUACAUUCUCAACUGUGUGACUUGUAGAAGGAUGAGAAGAUCUGCUGAAGGCCAGAGGAUGAGUGAUCUCCCCUCAGAACGUGUAGAGCCUUCGCCGCCUUUUAUGUAUUGUGGCAUGGACUGCUUUGGUCCAUUCAUGACUAAAGAAGGGAGAAAAAAUCACAAGAGGUACGGUCUGCUUCUAACAUGCUUGUGUUCAAGAGCUAUUCAUAUUGAAAUGUUAGAAGACAUGUCGACGGAUGCAUUUAUUAACAGUCUGAGAUGCUUUAUUGCAAUUCGAGGCACAGUAAGGCAAAUAAAAUGUGACCAAGGUACCAAUUUCAUAGGCGCAAAGAAUGAAUUGAAUUCAGCAUUGCAAGAACUUGAUCCAGAACGCCUCACAACUUUUCUUGCAAACAAACAAUGUGACUUUGUUUUGAAUGCUCCUCAUUCCAGUCAUGCAGGGGGUGUAUGGGAGCGUCAAAUCAAAACUGUCCGGAGCGUUCUUAAUGCUACCAUCACCCUUUCAGCAGGCAGGCUUAAUGAUGCCUCAUUGCGCACUGUAUUUUACGAAGCCAUGGCAGUAGUCAAUAGUCGCCCUCUUACGAUUGACAAUCUGAAUGACCCCAAGAGCUUAGAACCACUCACACCCAAUCAUCUGAUAACCAUGAAGCCCACCACAGCAUUGCCUCCACCAGGAAAGUUCAUUAGAGAGGAUAUGUAUACAAAAAAGAGAUGGAGACGUGUACAGUACCUUUGCUGAACAGUUUUGGAGCAGAUGGAAAAAGGAGUAUCUACACAAUAUCAUUGCAAGGCAACGCUGGCAUGCUCCAAAAAGGAACCUUCAAAUUGGUGAUGUGGUCAUGGAUAUAGAAGAAACAUUGCCUAGGAGUGAAUGGAGACUAGGAAGGAUUAUAGAGACUGUUCUGAGCCCGGAUGGACUUGUAAGAAAAGCCAAAGUAGCACUUGGCGACAAGAGAUUAAACAAGAAAGGAAAAGAAUGCAUAAAAUCUCAAUAGUAGAUAGACCCGCUCAAAAGUUGGUCUUGUUGUUGGAAGCAGAGUGAAUGCAUUUACAAUGGGACUUUAUUGCACUUUAUACACUUCCAAAGAGGGUUAUAAUUGGAAAUUAGUUAUGUUUGUGGAACAUUGAUAAUUUGGUGGGAGUGUAACAGACUUAAGUAAAGGUGUUAUCUUGCAUUUCUUCAUGUUUAAAGAUCAUUUCAUUUCUAUUAUUUGUGGGGGACUUUUAUUUUGAAAGGAAAUCCGUUUUUCAGAGCAGAAAAUAAAUGAGAGAGCAGAAGGUAAAGCGGACGUUUCAUAACAGUUUAACUAGAGCUCGUACUGAAAAGGACUGUUUACAAGUUUAAUCAGCUGCCCCCCGAAAAGGCAUAAGGUUUGUUUCAUCAUAUAUUGUUAGUGAGAAAUACAUAUUUUGUGAAGAUAUCUAAGAAUGCUGAUGUAUGGUUUUGUAUUGGU